CCCAGGGCCCCCGCCCCCUCGUGACGUCAUGUGGGUCGCGAGGUGGGCAGGGCCGUGACGUCACGUGGCGCUACCGGGCGGCACCGCCCCGCACAGCGGCGAGCUCAGGGUCCACGGCAGACCCACCAUGGACCUGGUACUUGAGGCUGCUGACUACCACCUGCUCACACCCUACGUGUACCCCACGGGGUGGCCGGAGGAUGAGCCGUGCCGCCAACUGCUCAGCCUCUUCGUCAUCACCAACCUGGGAGCACUCACCCUCUAUCUGCUCUUUGGAACCCUCAGCUACUACUUCAUCUUCGACCAUGAGCUGAAGAAGCACCCUCAGUUCCUAGAGAACCAGGUGCAACGGGAAAUCAUCUACGCGCUGCGCUCCCUGCCCUGGAUCAGUGUCCCCACCGUCGCUCUCUUCUUUGCUGAGGUCCGGGGCUACAGCAAACUGUAUGACAACAUUGAGGACUCCCCAUACGGAUGGCCUGGAGUCUUCCUCAGCAUGCUGUCCUUCCUCUUCUUCACUGACAUGGGCAUCUACUGGAUACACCGAGGCCUCCACCACAGGCUGUUCUAUAAGCGCUUCCACAAACCCCACCACCUCUGGAAGAUCGCAACGCCCUUUGCCAGCCAUGCCUUCCACCCCGUGGAUGGCUUCAUGCAGAGCCUGCCCUACCACGUCUACCCCUUCCUCUUCCCCCUGCAUAAAAUCACCUACCUGGGCCUCUACAUCUUCGUCAACGUCUGGACCAUCUCCAUCCAUGACGGCGACUAUCGCGUCCCCCGACUGCUACAGCACAUCAUCAACGGCUCUGCCCACCACACCGACCACCACCUCUACUUUGACUACAACUACGGGCAGUACUUCACCCUCUGGGACAAGAUUGGUGGAUCCUACAAGAGCCCCAGUGCCUUUGAGGGCAAAGGCCCCCAUGAUUACAUGCGCAAGCUGCGGGAGAAUGGCUCAGCAUAUCCCAAUGGUGACACUGACAAGACCAAGUAGGUGUCCCCGGGUUGGCUGCAACCCCAACAAACUCUGUCUCAUCUCACCCCUCCUGGGCCUUUUCGGACAACAUUCCCCCAUAGAAGGAGUCCCCACUUCCUCCCAUUGCUCAGCACAUCUCAGCAUCCCAAACCCUUCGCUCCCCUGGGCUGAUGUACACACAGAAAGGAGGAUGUCACGCAGCUCUCUCCACUUCUACACCACACAUUUACUACCCGUGGAUGCUCAUUCACAGCCCAUCUUCACAAUCUGAGCCACUCUGGGACCUCCUCUGCUCAUGGGUGCGUUUUGGACCCCCCAAAGCAUCCCCACCCCUCCUCAUGGCACACAGACACCUUAAUGCUACGCAAAGCUGCUAUUCGGACAUCCUGGAUAUAUAUUCGUACCCCAUGUCUGCUGUGCUCUCUCUUACCUGUAUGGUUGUGAGUAUUGCCCUCUCAGCAGGAUACGUGCACUGACAGCAGCUCCAAGAGCUCCAUCCUUGCUACCAGAACAGCGCUCUCCAUCCUCACUUCACUCUGCAAACCUCAGCUGCAAUGCAAACUCACCCCAUUGCCAUCACCACCUCCAUGCAGGAGCCAUGCACACAAACAGCAUUGCAAUACAACACAGCAGGAACAUCACACAUUGCUGGGUCUCCAUCCAUCUGCACCCAUCACUCUUCCUCCCUGGGCUGCUGUGGAGGCUGACGGAUCAAGUCACAUCAAGACAAGAGGCAAAAGGCAUCGUGCAUUUUGUUCUGCAGUGUGACCUGCACAACUGUGUUUCCUGAUAAAACACCAUGGCCUCCUACCUUGUGUGCAGCCAACAAGGCACUUCCUGAUGCCUCCUCGGCCUCUGGAUGCACUGAGACUUCUUGGCACUGGACAAGGGCUCCUUCGUCUCACCUGAAGAUGCCACAUGACAACUUAACACAGAGGGGCACACCUGGAGAUCAGAGACAAACACUGAGCUCAAAGCUCACAGGGGAGGGGAAGCGGGAGGGCUCAGAAGCUGGGGAUGGGGGGAGCUGUGGUUCCUGGCUGGUUCUCCCUCUCCCUCCCACCCCAGAAAGCCAAUGUGCUUCCUUUGGACACCUGACUGCCCUGCCUUCAGUCAGGCUGACCUUUAAUAAAGCUCAUUUGCCAACUUUGAUGA